AUGUGUGGAAUUUUCGGAUACAUCAACUAUCUGGUGGAGAAGGACAGGAAGUACAUCCUAGAUACCCUGGUCAAUGGCCUCUCUCGACUCGAGUACCGUGGUUACGACUCUGCCGGUCUUGCGGUAGACGGUGACAAGAAGGGCGAAGUCCUGGCGUUCAAGGAGGUUGGCAAGGUCGCUAAGCUGAAGACGCUCAUCGAGGAGUCCAAGCCGGACCUGACCAAGGUCUUCGACUCCCACGCCGGCAUCGCACACACCCGAUGGGCCACCCACGGCAAGCCAUCGCGGACAAACUGCCAUCCUCACCGGUCUGACCCCAACUGGGAGUUUGCCAUCGUCCACAACGGCAUCAUCACAAACUACAAAGAACUCAAGGCGCUGCUGGAGAGCAAGGGUUUCAAGUUCGAGACGGAGACGGACACUGAGGCUAUUGCAAAGCUCGCCAAGUACAUCUACGAUGAGCACCCGGAUAUCGACUUCGUCACGCUCGCAAAAUCCGUCAUCAAGGAGCUUCAGGGCGCAUACGGUCUGCUCCUGAAGUCGGUGCACUAUCCUCACGAGGUCGUUGCCGCUCGCAAGGGCUCGCCUCUGGUCAUCGGCGUGCGGACGCAGAAGAAGAUGAAGGUCGACUUCGUCGACGUCGAGUACACAGAAGAGGGGACUGCUCUGCCGGCAGAGCGCGCUUCCCAAAACGUGGCACUAAAGAAGACCAACAACCUCCUUGCGCCCCCGGACAAGUCGCUCCUGCACCGCUCGCAGUCCCGCGCUUUCCUGUCGGACGAUGGUGUUCCUAUGCCGACCGAGUUCUUCCUUUCCUCCGACCCGUCUGCCAUCGUCGAGCACACCAAGAAGGUCCUCUACCUCGAAGAUGAGGACGUUGCGCACAUUCACGAGGGUUCUUUGAAUAUCCACCGUCUGCGGAAAGACGACGGCGCUUCCAACGUGCGCGCCAUCCAGACACUUGAGAUCGAGCUUCAGGAGAUCAUGAAGGGCCGUUUCGACCACUUCAUGCAGAAGGAAAUCUUCGAGCAGCCCGAGUCGGUCGUGAACGCCAUGCGUGGCCGUCUCGACAUUGCGAAUAAGAAAGUCACGCUCGGUGGUCUGCGUCAAUACAUCAGCACCAUCAGGCGGUGCCGGAGGAUCAUUUUCAUCGCUUGCGGCACCAGCUACCACUCCUGCAUGGCUGUGCGCGGGGUGUUUGAGGAGCUCACUGAAAUCCCCAUUGCCGUGGAGUUGGCGUCAGAUUUCCUGGACAGGCAAGCGCCGGUCUUUCGUGACGACACCUGCGUCUUCGUAUCUCAGUCCGGCGAGACCGCUGACUCGUUGAUGGCGCUCCGCUACUGCCUUGAGCGUGGUGCGUUGACCGUCGGUAUCGUCAACGUUGUCGGCUCAUCGAUCUCGCUCCUGACCCACUGCGGUGUCCACAUCAAUGCUGGCCCCGAAAUCGGUGUCGCCUCGACCAAGGCUUACACUUCGCAAUUCGUCUGCAUGAUCAUGUUUGCGCUCUCCCUGAGCGAAGACCGAGCAUCCAAGCAACAGAGGCGCGAGGAGAUUAUGGAAGGUCUAGGCCAGGUGUCUGAUCAGUUCAAGGAGGUUCUCAAGUUGGAUCAGUCGAUCAAGGAGCUUUGCCAGAAGUUCAAGAACCAGAAGAGCAUGUUGUUGCUCGGACGUGGCGCCCAGCAUGCCACUGCUCUGGAGGGCGCACUGAAGAUCAAGGAAAUCUCCUACCUCCACUGCGAAGCCGUCAUGUCCGGCGAGCUAAAGCACGGUGUGCUUGCGCUCGUCGACGAGAACCUCCCCAUCGUCAUGAUCCUGACGCGCGAUGACAUCUUCAAGAAGUCGCUCAACGCUUACCAGCAGGUCGUCGCACGCAAGGGCAAGCCCAUCAUCAUCUGCAACACGAACGACGAGGAGUUCCCAGCCGACAAGACGGAGAAGAUCGAGGUCCCCCAUACGGUCGACUGUCUUCAGGGCCUGAUCAAUGUCAUUCCCAUGCAGCUGAUGGCGUACUGGCUUGCCGUUGGCGAGGGCCUGAACGUCGACUUCCCAAGGAAUCUGGCUAAGUCGGUCACGGUGGAGUAG